AUGGGGCAGGACAUGGCAAAUUGGAAGGGCGACUGGGGUUUCGAGGAAGCUGUGUUGGAUAUGGUUGAAAACUCGGUGCCUCCAUACCUUAUUGAGUACGAGCGCUUUUCUCCAUUCCCCUAUCAGGCCAGCGGAACCCCUCCAGAGUCUCCUAGAAAUGCGUUCGGAUUGCUCACUCUUGAGCUCAACCACUUUUUGCGAAUGUUCUACGACAAGACCGGAAACAUGCCUGACAACAAGGAAAUACAACUGGAAGCCUGCCGUAUUAUCUUUGCCUCGGAGAUAUCGUCGUCUCUAGAAUACGAUAUUGGCGCUUUGCAUGCGUCGUGGGUGCGGGACUUGAUCACAUCGUCAGACGAAAUCACUCGGAAGGCUCGAUUUGGACCCAUCAGAUCUGUCGCCGAAAGCAUGAUGUCUGUUCUUCAAAUCAAAGGCAAACGGAGCCUUUUCGAGCAUUGCCCUUGCGAGACGCAACUGCAGAGCUUUGUUGAUGCCCGAAGCGUAUUGGGCCUAGGUAUUAUUACUGAUCUGGAGUUGCAGAACGAAGCCUCCAAGAUCGUGCUGGGUAUGGGCAAAGAAUGUGGAGUAUCGCCAUCUGACUUCGUGGCCAACUGGCUCAUCAACCUGAUCGGCUCAUCAACGGACUGGCUCACGGGGUUUAGGGCCAGAAAACGACUUCCUUUCCCCGAAAGCCCAGCCAAGUCUCCGAUCCAACAACUGCAGUCAACUUUUGGGGAUCAAGGGGGGUCUUUCAAUGAGCCACUUCCGCAAGACACUACCGACCGCAUCGGGCUCAGUACUCACGACGGGUGCUUCAACAACCUGUUGAAUGAAGAAAGCAGCUCUUUCCUAUCUCAACUAGGAGAUCUCGAUCCCGCAUUUACUAGUGAUCUUGAAUCGGCAGCUCUGGCAUUAGGCAUGGACUCCCAUGCACCUGCAUCGCUGGUGCCUUCGCCGGAUGCCGUGCCGUCUCCUUCUGGUGUCAACGCUAAUGCGCCAUGGGAGGGGCGAGUUAGUCCGGGUAUGAAGGAAGAUAAGAUGGAUCUGGAACUUCCGCCAGCUUGGUCUAGGGUAAAGGCCAACUAUGCAUUCUUCAAUGACGCCAACUUCAACCGAUGGCUAGCUCUAGAGCUCCGACGCUGGGUUGCAGCAACCAUGUCUCCGAACAACCCCAACUGUCACAUCCCUACAGAUCAGGAGCUACAGCAUCAAGCUCGCUUCAUUGUCUUUGAAGAGUAA